AUGAUACAAAUUGAUUCAAAUUUGUAAAAUUAUUCACUUUUAUUUAAUUAUAAUUAUCAUUUGAGUACUUUAAUAGUUACAAACGGUAUUAAUGUUUACUAACUUGACAUAAAUUAUUUUUAUUAUAAUCCUUAAAGUAUCCAGCUUGCUACUGAAAAUUAAUCAGCAACUUUUGGAUUAUAAAAAGAUAAUAUAGUUACAAUAAAUAAUGAUAUCAAUUAUAUAACUAUAUAUGAUAGCAUAUCAUAGUAACUUAAAGAUAAUAUAAUUUUUAACUAAAAUGUCGAUCAAAUUAAUUUACAAUAAUAUUAGAUUAUUAGUUUUAGCAAAGAAAACAUAAUAGUAUGUUUUAGAAAGACAGAUUAUUAUAUUCUUUAAUUCUCACCUUUGAAGAUUAUCGAAUUUAUUUAUCUUUCUGGAGUUUAAAAUGUUUAUAUAUCUAACAAAUAUGAAAUACUAGUUUAUAGUAAUAUAAAUUAACAAGUUUAUUUUUUCUGCUCUCAAUAGUAAUAAUUUAUCCAAUUAAAGAAAGAUUAGCAAGUAAUAAGUUAAUUAACCAUAGUAAAUGAAAGGUUUAUUGGUAUAUCUGUGCUAAAUAAUACUCUAUAUUAAUUUUUUGUAUAUGAUACAAUCCUAUUGCAAAAUGUACCUCUAACUCUUAAUGAAGGACAGAUAGUAGAUUUAAAAAUAAAGAAUUUUGUAAUAGUUUCAAAAACUUCUUCAUAUGAUUUAACAAUCCUCUAGAUAUUUUAAUUUAGUUAAAACGAUGAUAAAUACAUUUACUAUAAUUUUAAAUAAAAUUUUUUAAUCUAAAUCAAGCAAAUAUUUAAUUAAUAAAAUUUUAAUUAGGUAAAUAGCAUUUAUAUUAUGACUAUGACAGAUAAUUUAUUUAUUCAGUUUUGGAAAAUUAAAGAAACUUAAAAUUUAGAUUAAGUUUCUUAAAAUAUUUAAAUUAAGUAGCUAGCUUUGCCAUGCUCUAGUAAUACUUAAAUAAAAGUAGAAAAAGACUAUUUUUAUUUCAUAUGCCCCUUUGCUGCUUUUAUUUAUAAUUCUGAUAUCACUUUUGUUUAAAGUAUUAAAUAUCUAGUUAGCUCUCAAAUAAACAUUAAUGACAUAUACCUCCUUGAUUAUAAUAUAUUUAUAGUAAAACUCUAAAGUUAAUUAGAUUUAUAUGAAAUCAAUAAUAAUUUUAAAUAAAAAAUCAAAUCACUUGCAAAAAUUUAUAAUCCUUCUAUUUACAAAUAUACAAUAAACAUCUAAAAUAAUAUUAUUUAAAUAUCCUUAUAUGGAAUAUCAGAUUAUAAUUUAUUUUAAGCUAAAAUUAAUUAUCAAUCUAAACAAUUUAUGCAUUAAAUGGUUGAAUUUUAAGAUUAAAAUAUAGUUUAAGUGAAAAUAUCAAACUUUAUUGAUAACUACAAGCACAUAAUUUAAUAGUCUUAAAUUACAUAAAAUCUAGAAAUUCUUAGAUAUCAGAUAUAUUAUUAACCUCCAACAACUAUUAAUCAAUUCCCUGCUAUUAAUUUUUACAGCAACUCAGAUAUUGUAGAAGUAUAUUCAGAAAAAGGCAUAAAUAUCAAUGAAAAAUAUUAAUUAUAAAUUUCAUCAACUUAAUUCAUAUCUGAGUAAUUUAAGAAUUUAAAAAUAGGAAGCAUGAUUCUCAAUUUUAACUUAACUGAUAAUAAUUAGCUUAAUUUUAAUUAGUUUAAAUAACUAUAAAAGCUUUAAUUUUCUAAUAUGACUAUCUAAUUUAGCAUGUAAGGUGGUACUAUUUACAUGAAUUCUUACGAUUCUCUUAUAAUGAAUGAGAUUACAUUUAGAGAUCAAAUAAUCAAUACUUAAUUCUUCUUUUAAAAUAUUAGCAAUAUUAUCAUAAAUAACAUGGAAUUUAAAAAUAUCACUUUAUAGUCAUAGUCUUCUUUUCUUUCAUUUGAUGGAAUCAAAAAUUUAUUGAUAAGAAAUCUUACAAUCAGUAAAUGUAAUUUUACCCAAAAUAUAAUUCAAGUUAACAAUUUAACUAAUCUUAAAAUGGAGAAUAUAAUUAUUACACAAAAUAAAUUCUUACAAGGAUUUAUGUUUGCCAAUUAGUCUGUUAAUGUUUUUUCUAAUCAGAUUUAAGUUAUAAAUAAUGAAUUAAAUGCUAAUAGUAACCAAUAAAAUUAAAUAAAUCCAUACCUGUUUAAUUUUUAGUAAGUUUAACAAGUUUUAUUUAGCAAGAUAACUUUUAAUAACUAAUAGAAUUUGGGCUUUAUAAAUUUCAAAGGCAUGAUGAUAAACUUUUAAUUUUUGUAUUCUAUGCAAAUAACUAAUUGUGUUUUCAAUGAAAUACAAUAAUAGAUACCUGUAAUUCUGAUAACAGAUGGAUAAACUGUAAGAAUAACAAAUAUGACAGUUUAAAAAAUGAAUAGUUCACACUUUAUGCAAAUAUAAUUAGUAGAUCAACUCUUUUUAACAAAAUUAACCUUUAUAAAUGUAAAUGAACAUUUAAUUGAAUAAAAAAAUUUAGAAUCUUCAUUAUUUAAUUAAUUUUAAAAAUAUUUGUUGAGUAUUGGUGGAAUAAACAAUUUUGUACUUUCAAAUUUAGAAAUUUCUUUCUGCAACAAUAUCGGAAUGCUUAGUCUAGUUUAAUAUUAGGUUGGAAAAAACACAGUCUAAAAUAGCAAUAAUCUCUAAGCAAAUAAGAUAAUAAUAACUAACUCAAUAUCAAAUAUAAAUGAACCAGCUAUCAAUUUAAAUAACCAAUAAUCAAAUAUACUUCAGUUAAAGGCUAAAAAUUUAACGUUCUCUAGUAAUAUUAUUAAUAUUAAUUCCUAAUCAUUAUUUUAGAUGAAUAAUUCCUAAUUUAUUAAUAUUUAAUUGAAAAAUUAUUCUACAACUAUUUACAGUACUGAAAGUUAAGUUAUUUAAAUAUUUAAUACUUAAUAUUUAAAUAUUUUUUCAUAUCAAAAAUCAGCAGUUCUCUUAACUAAAUCAGUUAAUUAAAUAACAAUACAAAAUUGUACAUUUAAAUUAAAUAAUAAUAUUUAACUUGAUAUUUCUUCUUCUCCAAGUUUUGAUGAUCACAGUAUUAUUAAUAUUUAAAACUGCAUCAAUUUCUUAGUUUAGGAUUCCCUAUUUACAUAAAAUAUUUGCUUCGGUAACGGAGGAGCAAUAUAUUUAUCCUAAAUUUAGAAAUCUAUAAUAAAUAACACAAAGUUUAUGCUAAAUUAGGCUCAAUAAAAUUCAGGAGGAGGGAUUUAUGCUUCUAACUCUAAUAUUAAUAUAAAUAAAUGCAUCUUUUAGAAUAAUAUAUCUAAAAAGGAAAGAGGAGGAGCUAUCUAUUCCGAUAAUACUUAUGUUAUAAUAAGAAAUUCUAAUAUUAUAAAUAAUAUUGCCUAUGUGGGUGGUGGAGUUUAUUACAACAAAAUGAAUACAAUAGAUAUUGAUAGAGCUAGCUAAAUUUAUGGAAACAAAGGAAGGUUCUAUGGUGAUAAUUUAGGUUCGUAUCCUAGAAAGCUAUUAAAAAUCGAUCUAAAAACAAAAUAGAUUUACAGCAAAAUAGUAAUUCAAAACUUUCAAAGUGGCAAUUAUACAAAAUAACCUAUAUUUGUGCAAUAUUUUGAUGAAGAGAAUAAAAUAUUAAAUUUUAACAUUGCAGAAUCGCCUAAUUAGUUUUCUCUAAGCAUAAAAUAAGAGAUACAAAAUUAUUAAAUAUCAAUAGCAAAUUCUACUGAUAUAAAAGGCUUAAAUAUAAUUUUAGGAUAGUAGUUAGAAUAUAUAAAGAAAUUCAAUUUAUUUUAACUAAAUAUAACAGCAGGAAAUUAUUAGAAAACUGAUUUCAAACUGGUUUUAUAUUCAGAAUUUUUUGCUAUGUAGCUUACUUUAGAUGUCAUCCUCAAUUUUAGAAAAUGUCAAAUCGGAGAAAUUUUAUAUCCAAAGCAAGGAUAUAUUUCCUGCGAUUAAUGUAUAUCAGGCACUUAUUCUCUAGUUAAUCCAUAUGAAGGGUAAAAUAAUAAUCCUGUUUAGUGCUAAAGAUGUCCUUCAAAUAAAGCAAAAUUAUGUUAUUCUAACAGGAUAAUUUUGUAAGACAAUUAUUGGAGAGAGUCAAAUUAAACGGAUAUUAUUUAUUCUUGCAAUACGAUAGGAUGUAGUGAAACAUCUUAUAAUUAAAUAAAUGGCUGUAUCAAAGGAUAUAUAGGUCCAUUAUGCAAUACUUGUGAUUUUAAAGGAAAAAUAUGGUAAAAUAGCUAUGCUUAAAAAGGUAAAUAAUGUGUUGAAUGUUAAAAAGUAGUAGAUUUAUAUAUUUAUUUUACUUUGCUAAUAUUUUUAUACGCUUUAUAUAUUGUAAGAAGCGUAAAUAAGUAAAUAAAUACGAAUAUACUAAUAAUCAAAAUAGAUUACUUACGAAAAUUGCGUAUAGUAUUUUUAAGCAGGUCAAAAUAUAUAGGCUCAGAUACAGGAAUUACACUAAAGAUACUUUUUAAUUACUUAUAAAUACUAUCAUCAUCAAUUGAUGUAUAUAAUUAAAUUCCUAACGUGAUUGGAACUACUUUUAAAAUAGCUGGGGAUCCUGCGUAAGUAACCUAUACAAAUUUAGAUUGUAUUUACAAAGAUUGGAUAAUUUCUGAGCUAUGGUUUAACAGGCUUAUAAUGCAAAUUACCUAAAUUUUUAUUAUAACAUCAAUAGUACUUUUCUACAGAAUUCUGUUGGAUAAACGGUCAAGAAUUUUUUAUAAAAAGAAGAUAUAUUUUAUAUUCCUAUAUUUCUUUUAUUAGCCUUCAAUUGUUAAAUUGCUUGUCUCUCUUUGCAUAUGUAAAAGUAUAGGAACCAAAGUCUAUAUGCUUAAUGAUCUUACCUAAUAGUGUUGGACAAGUGAACAUAUAAUUCUUUCAUUAGGAAUCAUAUAUCCGCUUACUUUAGUUUGGUGUUUAGGAAUACCAUUGAUAUUUUUAUAUAAAAUUAGAUCUGCAAUUAUUUCGAAUUAAAAAGAUAGAGUUUAAUUUUUCUUAUCAUAUUAUUUUAUUUUGCAGGGCUAUAAAGAUAAAUUUUAUUAUUGGGAAAUACUUAAAAUGUUUCAAAAAUUAAUAAUAAUGAUUAUUCUAAAUUUAGAUAUUGAGAAUAUUAUUUAAAGAUAAAUAAUAUCAUUGAUUUGUUUUAUCUACCUAAUUGGAACAAUUUAAUAGAAUCCAUACAAAUAAAAGUCACUUCAAAAUUUAGAAAUUUUGCUUUAAGUUGUUAUUGUUAUUUCUUUGUUAUUGUAAACAAUAAUCUAUGCUUUAGAAUCUGAUAUCUAUAGUAUACUUGUAAUAAUAGUGAUAUUAUUUUUUAUUAAUCUUUACUGUUUGGUAAGAAUAAUAUUUUAAUAUUAUAAUUCUGCUAUAAACCUUAUUUUUAAAACUUAAAGUAAAAAUAUAAAGAAGUUUUUACAUCUUUUAUACAAAAUUAAAGUCAUUAAAUUUGAUAUUAAUAAAAAACAAUCAUCACUAUCCCGAAUAAGCAAUUUAUGGAAAAUCAUUUACAAAAAUAAAUCUAAACUAAAUUUUAGAAAUUCAUUUCCUCUUUAAUAACUGAACUUGCAAACCUAGAAACUAUAGAACACCUAGUUAGAAACUCAAUUUGAAAUGAAUACAGUAACCUACAAUUUCAAUAAUUUCAGUUAAUUUUAAUAAGAUUAAGAUAAAUUAUUGUCAAGAGCUAUUAUGAUAAAAUGA